GCCACCAGAGGAAAUAAAAGUGAAAGAAGUUAAACAGUUAAAGAGUUGAAGAUUUUGUCACGUGUUCUUGUCUGGGUCAAUGUCCGCUUUCACUCUGCUGGGACUCUCAAGCUGGUCUUAGUUUAGAUGGUACUUGAAGCAAUGAGCCCACCUGGGACAAAGCUGAAGAACGAGAUCUGUGGUUUGAUGCAUGGCUACCUUUAAUCCUGCCUGGCAAGAAAGCAAGGGGAGGGAAGAAACAAAGAAAGAAUGAAUAAAUCCCUGUCAUGCUGACUCACUACCUUUUGAACUGUAAGCUUUGAACUGCAUGCAACAGUUUCUGUGCCUUACUGACGCUUCAUGUUCCCAGCUUGAAAUCACCUUUGUGUCAUUUCUCAGCCCAUCAGCCUGCAGUAAAUUGUUCCAUGAGCACUAUAAAUGUGAAAGUCAGCUCUGGAGGUGAGGAAGAAGCCUCGGGAAUGAGGAGUAAGACCCUGGGGGAGAGCAGCCGCUCAGGAGACAUCAAAAAGGGACAAGUGAUCCUUGCUGCCUAUGUGAUUGUAACCAUAGAGCUGACCUUCAUCUUCAUGCAGAUGGGAGUCAUGCCUUACUUGGCCAAGAGCAUAGGUUUGGAUUCAGUGGGUUUUGGCUACCUCCAGACAACCUUUGGUGUCCUCCAGCUUGUGGGAGGUUCCAUUUUUGGGAGGUUUGCAGAUAAAUUUGGUGCCCGAGCAGCCUUAAUUCUUUCCUGUGCAUCUGGAAGUGCCUUCUUCCUGCUUAUGUCCAUCUCCACGAGCGUCCCCCUCCUCUUCCUCUCCAGGCUGCCAGCAGUGUUCAUGCAUGGGCUACCAGGUGCUCAGAAGGUUAUUACAGACAUGACUACUCCUUCCCAACGUGCUGAUGCUUUGGGGAAGCUGGGUCUUUGCUUUGGAAUAGGCAUCAUCAUUGGCUCUGUCCUAGGAGGUGUCCUCUCCACCAAAUUCGGCAUUUUUGCUCCUAUAUAUGUCGGUCUGGUGGGAAAUCUCAUAAAUACCAUGAUAGCAAUGUUUUGGAUCCCUUUGCAGGCUAAACCAAAACCAGACCAUCAUUUGACAGAGCACAGCACAUCACAGUCUGGCAGUCUGUUCAGCAUCAGAGAAAUACUACGCCUGAUGAGGUUUCCGGGAGUAAUGGAAGUUUUCAUAGUCAAAGUCUUUGCUGGACUUCCCAUAGGUUUGUUCCUGAUUAUGUUUUCAAUCAUCUCUAUGGAUUUUUUUGGCUUGGAAGCAGUGGAGUCUGGAUACCUGAUGUCAUACUUCGGUGUUCUUCAAAUGGUUGUCCAGGGUCUGGUCAUUGGAAAACUCACUAGCCGCUGCACAGAGAUGACCCUGCUCAAGCUCAGUGUCUUCGUCUUUGCUGUCGUGGGCCUUGGCAUGGCCCUGAUGAGGACUGUGUGGCACUACUGCAUCAUUGCGGUGCCACUGGUGUUUGCCUUCAGCACGCUGGGCACCAUCACCGACAGCAUCCUCACCAAGGCUGUCCCCUCCUCUGAUACUGGUACCAUGCUUGGGAUUUGUGCCUCAGUGCAACCCUUGACCAGGACAGUGGGCCCAACCAUCGGUGGAGUUUUAUACAAACAUUUUGGCGUCUCCUCCUUUGGCUAUUUACAGCUAAUUGUUAAUAUAGGUUUAUUUGUUUACCUCUUGAAGAGUAAUAUCCCACUGGCAGAGAUGAAAAACCAAUAACACAAUUGCAGAAAAGUAACUCCCUUUUUCCACAGAAAUAAAGAUGUCUUGAGUUUUAUUUUUGAUUCCACAUACCUGGAAUAAACUCACUUGAACAAUA